GCUCCGAGCGUCGAAGCUCCGCUGGCCGGGCUGCACCGUUCCCCAUGAACAGAAGCUCAGGGACCCCCGGGCGGCCACAUCCCGGGGCUCCCCGCGUGGCCGCCUCCCUCUUCCUGGGAACCUUCUUCACCAGCUCCGGCCUCAUCCUCUCCGUAGCUGGGUUCUUCUACCUCAAGCGCUCCAGUAAACUCCCCAGGGUCUUCUACCGAAGAAACAAAGCCCCGGCCCCGCAGCCUGGCAAAGCCGCUGCGAUGAUCCCCCCGCCACCGCCCUCAGGUAACGCAGCAACACGUGCUCUGUGGGGCUCUCCGUCCCUGAGCCAGAACCCAGGUGCUCUGUGGGUCUGUCCCCAAACACCCGGCUCUGGACCUCGGCCGCCCCUGCCCAGGUCCCCAGGAGACCCACCCACGAGGCAGGGCCAGGGCCGGAUUUGGCCGGCGCCCCCUGCCUGCCUGUGGGAAGAAGGUUGCCCAGAUGCCACGGCCGGAGACUGA